UGUGAUGGUCUACUUUCUGUUUAAAGCGUUUCAUUUGGCAGACAGAAACAACAUAGUGUAGGAUAUAUUAUACACGAAACUGAAUAUAUCGAUUUGAAACAGGCUUAAAACAACACUCAGUUUGCUUCAUAUUACUUACGUUCUGAAGGAUGGAUGCAAUUGCUGGCCGAAAUGCUGCGAAUGCAAAUGAAUCAGCCCCGGACACCACUUAUUGCAAGCCUUGUUCUGAAGAUGGCAAGAAAUUCCCUCCCGAGGCCUUCUGCCCCGUCUGCAAUGAGUUCAUGUGUUCCUCGUGUGCCCGAGUACACACGAACAUGACGCUGACUAAGAACCACACCCUCCAGGAGAAUAGCAGAAUGUCUCCUUCCUUCUGCGCCGGGAGUGCGGACGAGUAUUUUACAGGAACAUGUCAGCUCCAUGGUAAAGAGUUCCUAAAAUACUACUGUCUCCAUCACGAGCAGUUUCUUUGUGGAGAUUGUUUGGCUGUGAAUGAAGUCCAUCGUUCUUGUAAAGUAGAAAAGAUAUCUCAAUUGGACAAACGAUACAAUGAUGGUGCAGAAUACAACAGUCUUAAAACAGGACUUGGUGUGAUGCUAAGCGACAGUGAAAACUAUUUAUCGUUCAUCCGGGCGACCUUGAAAUCAGUUGAUGAAGAAAGAAGCAUACAUAUCAAUGAGCUUCGAACAUUUAGGAACGAAAUUAACCAGUACCUGGAUAAGAGGGAAAAGGAAUUACUUGAAGAAAUUGAUCAGAAGGUACGACAAUCCAAGACACUGCUUAAUGAACUGAAAACAAAAGUCACGAACAUGAAAGCAGCCACUGAGAGACUAAAGUCGAAGCUACAAGCAAAGGAAGCGAACAGCAUCCAGCUGUUAAUAGUAGGAAAGCGAGCUAUUAAAGAGCUGGCUGGUCUCCAGACAGCAUUAGAAGACGUCAACAGGAGGAGGGCAGUUCCUAGGUACAUUUUUCAAAGGGACACAGCCAUUGAGCAGUUGCUAGCUUCUAGAACAGCGAUAGGAAGGUUGGAAGAGGAGGAAUCAAAUUCGACGUUAGGGCAGCAACAACGCCAACAAGAGGCGGAACAGCAAAAACAAAAACAUACCCACGCUUUAUCACAGACAGCCCUCUUCCAAAGCAGUGCAGACCUAAGCCAAGCCACGUUCAGCAGCCAGCCUGAUAUCCAAGUAAAGACAUCAGCUGACAUCCGGGACUGCUGGCUAACCAGUUUGGUCCUCUUUUCUAAAAACAGAAUCCUACUGGCUGAUCGCUUGAAUGAAACAGUGAAGCUCCUUGAUACCAAGACUAACAUGGUUGUACAAGAGGUGAAACUGCCAGGUCAGCCCUGGGACCUAUGUCUCCUGCCCGGGGACAUGGCAGCCGUCACAUUACCCUGGUUGGGUAUGGUUCAGUUCGUAUCAACUAAGAGAAAAUGCUCACUACUGGACAUUGUUAAAGUAGGUGUUAACUGUUAUGGAAUAGAUUCCUGUGAUGACAACUUGAUCGUGUCCUUUAUCUCUCCAGGUAAGGUUGUAUUGAUGGACAUGCAUGGGAAGAUGAAGAAGAGUGUAAACAUAGACAGCGGUGGAAACAUGUUUCAGUAUCCCACAUAUCUGACAGUUACAAGGGAAGGCCAGACUGCGGCCAUUUAUAUAUCCGACCUGGUCAGCAGCACCAUCACCAAGUUGAGCAUUGCCCUUAAGGUCGUCCAGACCUUUAAGGACCCGGUACUGUCAUAUUCACAGGGUAUAUCACCCGUAGGGAACAACCAGUUGCUUCUAUGUGGUAAGGUCAGUGACAACAUCUUGUUACUGGACACGUCCACCGGCAAUAUGACUCAAAUGCUGGGAAAAGAGGAGGGGAUAGAGAGUCCAUACAGUGUGGCCUACUGUCCACAACAGAAGAGGGUGUUUGUUACCUGCAGCCCCAGCAACAGACCUGAAAUGGAAAAUUUCGUAAAAGUAUUCGACUUAGUAUAAGUGUAAUCUUUAUUCUGAGUGAACACUUGUGAUUCGAAAGAAAGAGCAAUGUGUUAUACGGACAAUAUUCUGAUACAUUCUAUAUCAUAUGUAAAUGUGCAUAAUUUCAUCUUUACCUUGCAAUUUAUGGGACAAAAUUCUAAAGGAAAACUCCACGAUUAAAUUAUAAUUGUAAUUGUAAUGUAUUUAUUAUGUAUAUGAAAAUAUUGGCACAAAAAACUGUAUAGUUUACGUGUAAUAAAUUAUGUUCUGUUCUGUUCUGUUCUGAUUAAAUCAUGUAGAAUUCAAACAGUUUUGAAAAAUGACAAGUCAUGAAAUAAGUAAUUUGUAAGAAGAAAUAAUAUUACGAGUACAUGUAUAUUGUUUGUAUUAUUAGUUGAAAUGUUAGCGCAUGGAGGUGUAUGAAAAUACGCAAUUCUUAAAAUACAAGAAUGGAAUGUAUGUAAAAUGUGUCAAUUUGUGAAAUA